UCCACCCUUGAUAAAUCACAUUCACAAACCCAACCCCAAACCGUGAUGGCUUCCCACAACCAGUGCCGCCUCCUCAUCGUCUCCAUUCUCGUCGUCUUAGCCGCAACAAUGGCAGCCGCCGACCACGAAUCAUCGUCGUCGACAAGUACAGUUCAUCACCAUCAUGUCGAUCCUCGCUGCACUUCUCCGGUCAUCCACAACAACAACGUCACUGAGACGACAAGGAAGCCACGGCAGCAGAGAGACAGGUACAUCAGCCGCGAAGCACUGAGGGCAAACAACGUUACACGCUGCGUGAAAGCCGACGAUUCCCACCACAAGAAGGAUCAUGUCGACGAUCAUGGCUGCAGUACUACUUCUCCGAGCGACAACAUCAAGAAGGCGAGGAAGAUACAACAUGGACUGGGAGACAUGAAGCUUAGAUACAAAGACCUGAGGAUAAAAAACAUACCCUGUGGGUGGAAGGGCAAUUCCUACUACGACUGUCGGUACCGCAAGAAGGUUAACCCUUACACCCGUGGCCGUGGUUGAUGAACAAUGGCUGAUCAGUAACGAGCAAAGAUGGAAGUUGAAUAAAAGGAUGAUAUAUGGAAUUAUGGUCGUAAUAAUGGAAUUGGGGAUGUAAUUAUUUCCUCUACUUAUGGGGGUUAUUAAUCUCUAAUGAUAAUUGUGCUUGGAUGGAUGUGUGUGUGAGCUCACUCUUUGUUGUGAAGUGGGAUGUAAUUAAUGUAAUUACCAUGU